AUGUCUUCUUAUAUUGUGCGCAACAUGCCUGUCAAGGACAAUGCCAAGGAGCAAGGCGGCGAGAUCGGACACGAAUACACAUUGAUCAAGGGCUUCGCUGUUACUUUCCCCGAGGGCAAGGUCCAAACCCUGGAUGCGCACCCGCAUGUCGAGAAUGUCGAGGCCGACGGCAAAGUGACCACGCAGUAA